AUUGUUAGAGAGUGACUAUUGAUGUAUUGCUAGAGAAUGAGCAUUGCUGUAUUGCUAGCAAGGAAACAACACAUUCCAUGAACCGUGUCAAGGUAGGUAUUAGCGUGGCUAGGCGCCCCACUUCACCCGCCUUCCGCUCGCGCGUCUCCACUCAGCGCCCUCUCCUCUCAACGACAUUGCUGUUGGGCCAAGAAGGUUUCAAUGGUUGGGUCGUUGCGGUCUGACAGCCCGAUAUAUCCAGAUCCGGACAACCAGAUACAACCAAGCGAGGAACGGUUUCGCUCUGUCUACGGAUCGGGGUUCAGGACUUGGGCGACCCUAUGCGCCUUUGCAGACAAGAAGCGCACGCUUCCUGCUCAUUGCCUCUCUCCGGAGGGAGUUUUUCCCGCGUAUCCAGUGUUCCCGCGAACCGAGCUCCUGGAACACGACGAGCACCAGGCCUCGAUCACUGCAUCAUCACUCUGGGGUUCGUGUGCUUCCACUGGUUGUGGGUUGCCCUCGUUCGAGCAGCAGGUACGCAUUGGCGUGACAGCUCAGAAACCAAUACCAUUGUCGAUCUUAGAAGAUGGCCGAGACGAUGUUGAUCAUUCAUGGUGGUUCGUCUGUAGCGAUGACUACACUCCCAUCCUCGUUUUAGCCUGGACAUAUAUUCUAUCAGCUCGCUGGGCUGAGCUCAUGCCAACGACUUGCUCCCUCGAGUACAAUCAAGCUCAUGGCACAGACAGCAGCGCAACGGAGGGUACAAGAUCAGUGCCUAAGGAUCAAGGAGCAGUCCAUGUUGACAUCGAGUAUGCGGGCCCAGAAGAAGCGCAGUGGUGGGCUGCUGUCUUGUCGCCGGGUCAAGGGUGGCAGGCUACGAUGCGUUUGACGGACGCUACUUUCAUAUCUCCUUGGUCAGUGUACCUACAGUCGACUCUCCAACUGCUUUCACCUCUACCUCAGAGUGAAGUGGAGACCCCGGCUCCGCCGCCGACCUCCUCGAAGGCAUGCGAGUAUCUCAGCAGAUUCUGCAUACGUCACAACGUAGUGGAUCAGAGCCACGCUGCAUUGGCGGCUGCUCUCCUCCUCCCGUCUCUGAACGACGGCCGCACGCUACAGCUUCCCGCCCCCAAGCUCGGUAGGUCAGGGACUUCGCAGAGCGAUCGAGAAGAGAGGGCGCCCUGUGUUCCUGCGCAUCUGACAAGCUGCCCAGACAGAUUUAUCGCCUUGAGUUGCAACGUACGGGGGAUUCGGCCUAUGCUACUGAGUGUUUUCUACGAGUCGCACAUCGAGUGCAAUGUCUUUGCCCCUUGGCUUCAGGGGACGCUGGCUGCUAUAGAUUGCCUCGCCGGAAACAAGCCGCGCAUUGUGGCGCGUGCUUGCAUGGAAAGAUCGUCUCAGGUCGCCUACCUUUGGCUGGGUGUCGCAAUUCUUGGGCUGCAGCAGCGAUACCUACAGGAUGUAGGCCGUGGGCAGAUCCCAUUUGACCUGCAUAGCGCAGCUCGGUCAGGAACGUUGCAGUCGUUCAUACAACAGCCUACAUCGUGCCCACUGGUUUCAAACGGGCGGGUCAAACGGGCGGAUGAGUGUCGCCUGCUCUUCCUGGCAAGAUCCGACUGUCACGCUCGAGCCCCGAUCUGUCAGUGGAGACCGUUUGGCGCAACUUCUGUGGAGGAUCUUGAUGCAGAAGUGAGAGUCCACACCGAAUGUCAAGCACAUAAGCUCCAAUACCAUGGGCUCCGUUGGUCUGGCGAAGAUACUGUCAUCAUGUCAACUACGGAUGCCGUAAAGCCGUCGGCACACCUAUCCAUAUUGCGCGCCAGGAACGCAGAAUUCAUCAAUUGCUGUGAGAUACUUGACCGGGGGAAAGAGGUUAUUUCUGAAAACACGACACGCAGUAUUUUCGGCUGGCUACGCCCUGACGGACGAACUUGCGACGAGAAAGCGAUAUUUCAACACCCAUGGCUCGACAUGUCUGAAUCUGAUUCGGAAGACGAAGCCGAGCCUCCAGUUAGCCCUCACAAUGGUAAUCAGGGUUCUUUGGCUGUGGCACUGUGGCUCCACAACCUCGAUUGCGAUGAGACUGUGAAGAGCAGAGGUGACGAAGCGGGCACCGGGCUUUUCUCCAUCGACAGUAUUCCUGAACUACGUUGCAGCAGCCUGAUGAACACUGAUGUGCACCAAUAACAGACUGCUGUCCUCGCGAUAUGCAAGCUCGUGCGCAAACGUCACGCUCACAAUCAUGAUAGCGAGGAACAAUGCAUCGCCCAUCGUGAAGCCAUCGUCUCGUCGCAAGAACCUCACGCCAUGGUCGAAUAUGGGCAUGCGGCAGUUGGCGUGGCCGGUGGCAACAGCAAAGAAGGCGUUGAUAGAAAAUAGAGGGGUGAAAAUUUCAGGUCGAAAAGUAGGGUAAUGGUUUACGGAAUCCUCUGCUGAAGCAGCCGCGAAGAUGCAUUGUCAGUAUGAGAGAAAAGAGCGUGAGGAGCUGUUAUGAGUAGGAGGCGUCAGCUCGAGGUAUGAGAUAGGCUAGAAACUCGGUUGAAUUGUACUUUGCUACAGUAUGUAAG